GAAAAAGGAAAGUGAUGCUUGUCCAUACAGUCCCUCUUCCCUCCCUCACCCUGUGUCCCAUUCUCUCCUCCUCUUAGGAACCCGCUUUGUUGGGAAGGUGUUUGAGAACACGCGCGUGAUACCGAAUCUCCGCGCACGGCACUCAGCGGCGGCAGCGGCCAGAGAGAGAAGCCCUACCUGGAGACGCCAGGCAGGCAGGACCGGGGGCAGUCAUGGCAGCCAACAUGUACCGGGUCGGAGAUUAUGUUUAUUUCGAAAACUCCUCCAGUAACCCACUGCUGAUCAGACGAAUAGAGGAGCUCAACAAGACUGCCAAUGGGAACGUGGAGGCCAAAGUGGUGUGCUUCUACCGGCGCAGAGACAUCUCAACGACACUCAUCACCCUGGCGGACAAACAUGCACGAGAAAUGGAAGAGGAGAUGGAGAAUCCCGAAAUGGUGGAUCUCCCAGAGAAACAGAAGCACCAGCUGCGACACAGAGAGCUCUUCCUCUCCAGACAGCUUGAGUCCUUACCCGCGACACACAUCAGGGGGAAAUGCUGUGUUACACUCCUAAAUGAAACAGAAGCCCUCAAGUCCUAUCUAGACAGAGAGGAUGCUUUUUUUUACUCGCUGGUGUAUGACCCACAGCAGAAGACUCUGUUGGCGGAUAAAGGAGAGAUCAGAGUUGGAAAUAAGUACCAAGCUGACAUCACAGACCUCCUUAAAGAGGGAGAGAGUGACGAUAGGGAGCUUGAAAAACUGGAGGAGAAGGUGUGGGAUCCAACCAGCCCCCUCAGUGAGAAACAGAUCGACCAGUUUCUAGUCGUGGCCCGGUCUGUGGGUACGUUUGCGCGGGCUCUAGACUGCAGCAGUUCAGUUCGGCAACCCAGUCUGCACAUGAGCGCUGCGGCAGCCUCCAGAGACAUCACACUGUUUCAUGCCAUGGACACGAUGCAUAAGAACGGUUAUGACAUGACAAGGGCCAUCUCUGCGCUAGUACCCCAGGGCGGCCCUGUACUCUGUCGGGAUGAAAUGGAAGAAUGGAGCGCAUCCGAAGCCAACCUGUUUGAAGAGGCACUUGAAAAAUACGGCAAAGACUUUACUGAUAUCCAGCAAGACUUUCUUCCUUGGAAAUCUUUAACCAGCAUAAUUGAGUAUUAUUACAUGUGGAAGACCACCGACAGAUACGUUCAGCAGAAAAGGUUAAAAGCAGCAGAGGCUGAGAGCAAGCUCAAACAGGUUUACAUCCCCAACUAUAACAAACCCAACCCUAACCAGCUGAGUAUGAACAGCAUUAAGCCUGGGCUGGUAAACGGAGCAGGGGUGGUUCCAGGGAUACCGGGUCAGCCCAUCAUACUGGGUCGGGCGUGUGAGAGUUGUUACACCACUAACUCGUAUCAGUGGUACUCAUGGGGGCCGCCCAACAUGCAAUGCAGACUGUGUGCCUCCUGCUGGACCUACUGGAAAAAGUACGGAGGUCUGAAGAUGCCAACCAGACUGGAUGGAGAAAGGCCUGGACCUAACCGCAGCAACAUGAGUCCUCACGGUCUCCCCAUGAGACACAGCGGGAGCCCGAAGUUUGCUGUUAAGACCAGGCAGGCGUUCUACCUUCACACGUCUCAGAUGACGAAAACGGCUCGACGCGUCUGUCAGGACCUGUUGAGAUCCAGAUACGUGGCCAGACAUCCGUACAUACCCGUCAACACUGCUGCCAUCAAAGCAGAGUGUGCUGUGCGGUUGCCAGAUCCACUCAAAAAGCUUGCCUCUCUAAAGCAGGUGGAAAGGAAGCCUUUAGAGUCAGUGGUUAGAUACCUGGAGGCCCACCCCUGCCCACCCCGGUCAGACCCACCUCGAGGGGCCAUCAUUUCCACCGGCAGCCUGACGCCCAUCAAAUCCACGCCCAUCCUCAACAACGGCUCUCCAACCAUCCUGGGCAAACGCACCUAUGAGCAGCACAAUGGCUUGGAUGGGUCCAAACCCAAAGUCCUGACUCCUCAGUGGGAAAUUAUGGCUAAGAGAGUGUCUGAACCAGUCCGAACUCCUUCUGGCUUCCAGGAUGAGGUUCAUGAACUGGACUGACUUCUGCUUUGAGAACCGACUGCUGUACAUUGACAAGAUGAGCAGGUGACUCGAGAGAUUUUUUUACCCAGCUCUCGCUAAUGGAUGGACCUAAGAAAGGAUCUGCGGUCAGCAUGCCCUGUCCAAGUGGCCCAUUUUUUUUUUUUAAUAGCUGAAGCCAUUGAAAAGACUGCAAAGCCCUGCCGGCUCCAUGGGAAACAUCAGCCUGUGGCCAAUUGCAGGACUGACCUGAUUGUACAGGACUGAUUAUUAUUGUUAUUAUUUACUAUUGGCUGUUAUUUCUGUCAUUGUAAUUAUAAUUAUUAUAAUUAUUACAAUUAUUAUUACUGUUCUUUUUUACCAAUUGUAACCAUUUUCUUUUAAAUAAUUUGUGGAUAAAAUUAAGAAUCUUGAAGGUUUCUUGAAUCAACAGCUUGCUCCCAAACCAAAAUGUAAAGGGUGGGACAAACUGUAUUUUUUGUCUUUGAAUAGUUUUUUGUCUUGUCGGAUCAGCCAUGAAACGAAGGAUAAUGUGACAUGUAUCUCUUCGUAUGGAUGUUUGUAUUCUCCGGUUCUGUUAGCUUGCCCUGCCACAGCGGUUUAAAUUAUUCGGAACGACUACGGAACGUUCUUUUUCUACCUUUUUCACAAGUAUUGCAAUUACGCUUCUAUAUGUAAUUUCUCUUUUGUGAAUAUGUAAAUGAAAAUGGGGGGAGGCGUUAUUGUACAGUGGUGCAUUUCGAAGCCUCCGGUGGUUAUCAAUGCUUGUUGUUAUGGACUUGCCAUGCACAACGUAUUCUUUGAAAUGUCUCUUUUUGUAAGGAAACAUCCCUAGAUUUCUCUGCCAUAUUCGGAGAGUCUAGAGAUGAUGGGAACUCUGAAAAGGUACUACCCCAUUAAUACAAUGAUGCACCUUCUUAAGGAUGAGCCUGUA